ACAUUGUUUGAGUGUAGUUGUGAAUUGAAACAACGAAUGAUCCAACCUUAUCCAUACACCGAAGCGGGAUUUGUUUUCCCGCGCCCAGAAAUCCGCUGUAGGCUUGUUUAAUGUUCACUGAAAUCCUUGACUUCGUGCCACUCGCACGUAGAGUUAGUUUUAAUCCUAGGCGAAGGGACGCAGUAAAUAAGCUAAGCACCUAAUUCAUACAAAACUUUAGUGGAAAUUUAGUUCUGUGCAGUGAAAACGAUAACUGGGUAUACACAUCUCUAUGUAGUAGAAGACAAAAAGUGUGCAAUUUAAAAAUUAAACUACAUGCAGCAGUAUUCGCGCAUCGCUAUCGAUUUUGUGUUUUGCUAAGUUCCAUCCUCUAAACGCCGACGACAACGAAUCAGCUUUGCUGAAGAUUCUUUAUUUGGGUUAUUUUCGCGUUAUAUCUCCCAACCGCAAUGUCUUCCACUAGCGUGGUGCAACAAAUGUUUACUAGUACGAUCGAUUUAUCCGAAAGCUGGUACGAACCAACACCGGAAGAAGAGGAAAAGGCGGCCAGGAUGUUACGAUCGAAGCGCGAGUUGCAGGAAUCGGCCGAAACUGCAUCGGGAGCGACACCGGCCGUGGAACGCCAGCAUUCGGCCGAACCAACAGAUGAAAUGUCCGUCCUGUACAAAGGCUCGAAUGGAAGACAAAUCGAGAUCGAUAUUCUGGAUUCUGCCAAUUUAAAGAAGUACGAAAAGUUGGUACAGAAUGACCACCUAAAAUCGCCCUUCAAGCGACGCUUGUCCGGCGAAUCGAGCAGCACCGAGGAGGAAAAAAAAGACGCAUCGGGCAUGGAUCCCGAAGUUGACGGGCAACAGCAGGGCAGCAGUGGCCAGUGGAAGAAAAGCAAAAAGCACGAGAACGACCACGGCGGCAAUAGUUGGCGUUUGCGGCGCGAGAGUUCUAGCUCCGGUACGUCUAGUCAGAAUAGCCGCAAGCAGCUCGAGUACGAAACGGAUGAGGCCGUGCUGGUGCGACGCCAGAAGCAGAUCGACUACGGCAAGAACACACUAGGCUACGAGAACUACAUCAAGCAAGUGCCCAAGCAUACACGCACCAAAGAGCAUCCUACAACGCCCCAGAAGCAUCUAAAGUACAGUCGCCGUGCAUGGGACGGACUGAUUCGGGUUUGGCGCAAGCAGUUGCACUGCUUUGAUCCCAACAGCACACCGGAAGACAAGGCCUGAAACGUUCGCAAUCCUGCGGUAACUGGUAGGCUAGGUUUUUGUUUGCUACAAAAAGAGGACAUUGAUUGUUCUAACAGGAGUGAAUGCGACUCGUUGCCGUAUUUAUUACCGAUAAACCAUCGCGCGUCCCCCCACCGACUGCGAAGAGAAGGGCGCACUCGGUGCAGCAUGUACAAACCACACAUUAGUUGAUGAGGGUUUUACCUCAUUCCGGUAUCUAUUAUUUUCUGCACCGUGGAACUGAAUGUUAUUUACACAUAAUUUCUCAAAACUUAAUAAAUAUAUAGCUUACAUAUGCUAUCUCGGUGUCUGUUCCGCAUGGCUGGCGCGACACAUUCAUUGUA